AAAGACAUUUGAGAUGAACGAGUUUGAUAGUAAUCUGAUGAAGACGUGUAAGCUGUUGCAAGAAAUAACACCGGACAAGUCAAAGUGUAUUGAGACGUUUUGUGAAUGCGGAGACUUUAUCAAAUGGUUACAGGAGUCCAUGGGAGAAUCUGGGCAACAAAAAAUAAAGGUAUUUGUCGACCUCGCCAUGAGUUCGGUGGGAGACGAUCAAAAUAAAAUUGUUAAAGUUCAGUGCCUACAUUCGGCGGUCAUCGGAUAUUCUCCGUUGAUAUUUGACCUUAAGCCACAGCAUGGUUUCUCAAAAGUGCUGGAACGGUGCCGGAUUGUGUUGAAAGAGUUCUCAGCCAAUCCAAAAUUACCCAAACAAUUGAAGGAUAUUUCUAGUCAGCUUCCUUGGCUGAAGGAAAUUCAGAAAGCGCACGGUUCCGGUAAAGUCCCGUCACUGAUGCAAGCAGAAGCGAUUACUUCUGAUGGAAUAUUUACUGUAGGAUUUGCAAAGGGAAGUGUCGAAACGAUGACUGAAGACAUUAUUACAGCUACAUUACCACAGCAAGACAAGCAGUACGAUUUCCGACAGUUGCAGGAUCUUCAGAGUAGACUCAUGUUAGUGGCCGACAGAAAUCAACUUACAGCUAAGGAAACGGGGGUUAGCGUUGAAAUGUACUCUUUGAUUUUAGACAGCGUGACACGUCUUGGAAAUGUUUUAAGAAAGCUCCGUAAAUCCGGAUGUGUCUUGUUUAAGUCAUGGAAAAGUCAGUUUUGGUGCGAGCAAGAUAGGCGAGUUUGCGUUGAAAUAUCAAUUGGAAACGAAAAAGAUCUACCAAAACUGGUUGGAAGGACUAACCAAUCAGAAAAAGUGCAACACCAUAUUCCUGUAAUCGCGAAGUUCUUGGAAAAAUGCCUGGAUGAAUGGUUGGCGUACAUAAAACAGAGUCGAAGCGAAUUUUACUUUUUAAACUUUUUUACCACUGAUCAACUUGUUAUUCUCCAACAAGAGCUCGCCCAAAUGGGAUCUGAACGAAAGCUUUCGCCACACGUGUUCUCACUCCUGUCGGCUGUGAAGGAUGAUUGUAAAUUAGGUACGGAUGUAUGACUGAUACGUCAUUGCGGUAC